CCCUGGGAAGUUCUUUUUUGAAGGGAAAUGGAAGAGGAAUGGGAGACCAGGAUGGGGGUGACGCAGGACUGGAAGGAAGGGGUGGGGGGCACUGUGUUUGGGAUGUAAUAUAUGAGAGAAUUUUUUUUAAAAAUCCAAGGUAUUUUUCUAGGGACAGAUUCUACAAGUCAUGUAAAAAAGAAAAAUAACUUCAACUCUCCCAGAAAACAGGCAAAGGAAAUGCUUUCAAGUUACUCUGUGACAGUGUUAAUGUGUACCCAAACCAAAGACACACACACACACACACACACACACACACACACACACACACACAUAUAACUUCAGAGGAAGUGACUGACUGACUAUAAGGAAAAACACAAACACCUUGUAUUUGAAUUUCCUUAUAAAAAUAGAACCUUUAGCAGAAUAUUAGCAAGGUAGAACAUUUAAAGAAUAAAAAGAUUUAACCAACUGUGGUGGUUUGAAUGCUCUUGGCCCUGGGAAUGGCACUAUUAGGUGGUGAGGCCUUGUUGGAGGAAGUGUGUUAUUGUGGGUGUGGGCUUUGAGACCCUCCUCCUGGCUGCCUUGGACACAGUCUUCUCCUGGCUGCCUUCUGAUCAAGAUGCAGAACUCUCAGCUCCUCCUUUAGCAUCAUGCUUCCUGCCCUGAUGGUGAUGGACUGAACUUCUGACGCUGUAAACCAGCCCCAGUGAAAUCUUGUCCUAAGAGUUGCCUUGGUCAUGGUGUCUGUGCACAGCAGUAAACCCUGACUGAGACACCAAAUGGAGUGUAUCCCAUGAGCCCCAGGCUGCUUUAGUAUCAGAACGUUACAGCACAAUACACCAUUUAAUAAAACAGACUUUAAAAUGCACACCAUCGUGUGGGCAGACUUAGAAAGCACUGCCUCCAAAGUUCAACAUAAAUUUAGGAUUAAAAAUAAAACUGAAGAGAUGACUCAGGGACUUAAGAGGACCAGGUGCGCUCUUCCAAAAGACCAGAGUCUGAGUCCAAGUAGCCACGUGACUGCUCGAAACCACUUGUAACUCCAGAUCCAGGGGAUUCAAUGCUCUGCUCUUCUGCCCUUUGAGGGUACCAGGCACUCCCUUGGUACACAAAGAUAACUGCACACCAACACACAGCACACAUGUAAAAUGUGACUUUUCAAAUGUUAGGGGAAGGAGAAAAUCCUACCUUUUCCAGAAGGCAGAAGGCCCUUGUGGUCCUCAACCUUGUGAUGGUUGGGAGUCUAUGACAGCGGCCAAGUAGGAAAGUUGAUUUCAUGUUGGAGGAAAGAAAAACACACACCCAUGUGCGCACACAUGCCCACACAAUGGUAAAACACUACAUUUUUCUCCUUGUCAGACUGGGCCUAAUGCAGCAAGGCCAACUUUUGCCACUUCCAUAUGCUUCGUUCCAGGCAGUUUAGGGAAGACAAAAAAAAAAAGUGUUGUGAUGAGAAACUUUAAAAAAAAAUCAUCAUAGAUUUAUGACCUUGUAUGUGAAACCGAAGGAAUGAUUGUACAUGAGUACACAUGUGCAUGAACAUACACACAUAUGAAACUACCACAACAUUAAAGGAUCAAUAAAGUUGCAGAAUAAAACUUUACCAUACCAAAGUCAAUAGUAUUUCUAUAUAUUAUCAAUGAAUAAUCCAAAAUUGAAACUAUAAAUGUUUUCCAAUGAAAAAUGUGGCAAAUCCAAACCACCAUAGACAACAUGUAUUCUAUAAUAGCCAGGCUUCACAGGCUUGCUAAAUGAACCCACAGAGAGAGAGAGCGACAUAGUCAACUCUUACAAGUUGACCUCUAACCUUCAUAGGUGGGCCAUGGCAUGCAUGUAUGCAUGCACAUAUAUAACAAAUAAACAUUAAAAAGCAGUUAUGUAUCUCAAUGCAAAAUACUUACCACAAGCGCAAGGACCCAGAGCCUUCUACAAAACUCAGUCACAGAAAAAUACUGAAAAGGACUUGGGGGCAGGGUAUAGCUCAGUGCUAGAGCACUCCCCUACCUUGCAGGAGACCCCACAUCCCAUCCCCAGUGCCACGGGAGUGGAUGAAGUGCACGGCAAACUUCACGCAGAGAAAUUGUGCCUGAUUUGUUUUUUGCCAUAUUAAAUUUUUAGUAAUGAGUACAUAUGGCUUUUAUAGUCAGGAAACACAGGGUUAACAUUAAACUCUGGGUUCAUUCAGAGUAUCACAUGCAUUGACUGCUUAGUGGCCAAAGCUUGGCUUUGGGGUUGCCAACCAGAGUUUGAAUGCCUGGAGUACUUUCUAGCAUUAGACCUAGGAGACAUGGCCUCACUCCACACCCUCCAUCUCCAUAUCUGUCCCAGUGACACUGUCCGAGGAAUGUUAGGAAGGUGAGUGGAUGCUGUACAAACUCACUCGUAAAGUGACACUCGGCUCAGAAUUUACUGUGUGGUCCUUCACAACGUUGUGAUUGCUCUGUUAAGGAAGUCUUGUUUUCCUAUGAGGAAAUGAUUUUUUUUCCUUGGCUGUCACUUCCUUCCUGUGACUUCUUUAAGCCACCAAAGUAGAAAACACACCAGCCAGAGCGGGUUGGGUGAAGAAAACAGACUAUCAGUGUAACUCUCAUCCUCAGAGCUGCUCUGAGCCUGAGUCCUUUGAUCUCUGCAUAGAUCUGCUCCAUGGACGCCCAGGAGCCAGGUGCCGUCCAGGGAAAACUACCAGAGGCAUAGCUUUUACCAGAGCUGUUGCAAGCAGGGAGCUAGCAACAUCCCUUGACCCUAAACGCUUGUGAGGCUUUGCAACCAAAGGACUGGCUGAAGCAGAAGUGUGCUGGGCUGGGCCCUGGAAGAGCUGAUCGUAUGAUGAGUCUUAAUUUAGCACCAUGUGACCAUCUCCUACAUGUGAUUAGCCUGCCUGAGUCAUCAGAUUCAGAGGUCAGAGGUCAGUGAAGGACAACAUGGUUAACGUCCUCUAGUCACCUCUAGCUCUCUGACGUCACUGCCCAGUCUUUUCACAGAACAAAGCGGCCCUGCAGGCUACCCAAACCUCAGUGGCAACCCGGACACCAUCGCAAGCUUGCUAAUCUUAUAUUUGCAGUUAAAUGUGAGAAGCAGUAGAUGUGUGUAAAUAAGAGACUCUGAUAUUUAUCUCACACAAAAAAGAAAAAUUUCCAAAUAUAAUAAGACCUUUGAGACUUAGAAUGAAAGUUCUAUCAGCGGGGCAAAGAGUGAUGGAAAAUUUAAAGCAGCACUCUAGCCUAUAGAAAAAUAAACCUUGACUUGAGGUUUACUAACAAAAUAAAUGUCUGUUAAUGCUUUAAGUAGAAUUAGACUAUAAAAUCAGUGUCACAGGUAGCACUAAGCUCUGAAGCAAAUACAUCAAGAAUAUAAUCAUUUAUGUUUGCUUAGCUCCAGCUCAUUAUGAUAAUCACUUGAAAAUGUACAACAUAUCUUUGUACUUACUAGAUAAAUUGACUGACUUCAUUUUUAGUAUAAUUUUAAGAACCAGUUUUAUUUUAAGGGUACAUUAUCUAUUAUUGUGAGGUGUGGCGGUCAAAAGGCAACUCUCAGGAGAUAGUUUUCUCCUUCUAUCACAGGUUCAAAGUUCCUGUCUUCAGGGUUGAGGGAUAAAUGCUUUCUUCCUAGUGAGGAAUCUCACAGGCACCUGUACAUACAAGUUCUAUACAUACAAGUAACAUAUAGGCCAGCCAAGAAGAUUAUAUAUAUUCACAAAUAUAAUUAAUACAUAUGCAUGUAAUAACACUUGAUGAAAAUGUCAUGAAUUUGAAAGAAAGCAAGUCUGGCAUAUUAGAGGGUUUGGAGGAAGGAAAGAGAGAGGGAAGUGAAGUAAUUAGAAUCUCAAUUAAAAGUAAUCGGAUUUACUUAGCUCUUAAAUCUAUUUUGUAUUUUCUUUAUGUAAAUGUUUGCUACCAUUUCUAUAAAAUUGAUAAGUAACAUUUAAAACUCUAUGUUUCAAACAUUCUUCCAACUAUUUUUAUAAAAUAGGGUUUCAGGCGUGGUGUGGUCUCAGCUCUUGGGAGGCAGAGGCAAGUGGAUCUCUGUGUAUUCAAGGUCAACCUGUUCUACACACAGAGUUCCUGGCUAGCCAGGGCCACAGAGCUAGACCCUGUGUGGUGGUUUGAAUAUGCUUGGCCCAGGGAGUGGCACUAUUAGGAGGUGUUGCCUUGUUGGAGGAAGUGUGUCACUGUUGAGGGGGACUUUAACAUCCUCCUUCUAGCCAUAUGGGAACCAGUCUUCUGUUUGCUUUUGGAACAAAUGUAGAACUCUCAGUUCCUCCAGUGCCAUGACUGCCAUGCUUCCAGCCUUGAUGGUAACAGACUAAACGUCAGGACCAGUAAGCUAACCCCAAUCACAUGUUAUCUUUCGUAAGAGCUGCCUUGGUCAUGGUGUCUGUUCUCAACAGUAAAACCCUAAGACACCCUGUCUCAAGAAAAGGGAAGAGAUUCAUAUAAUCCUAGGCUGGCUUCAAACUUGCAAUGUAGCUGAGGAUAACCUUGAAAAUUUGGUCCUCCUGCCCUCAAAGUGCUAGGGUUACAGCUGAGCUUCACUAUGCCAGAUUUUAUACAACCCUGGGAAUUGAACCAGGUCUUCCUGCAGGCCGGAGAAGUAUUCUCUCAGCUAAAGUACAGUCCCGACUUGUCCAACUUGUAGUAUUAUUAUGGCAUUGCUUUGGAUCAAUCUUACUUACAUUGAUAUGAUAAAUGAGGUUUAAAUUUCAAAUAACACAAACAUCAGGCUGAGUCUCGACUAGAGGCCGGAUCACUUACCCCAGUUGGUCAUCCUCAGGGGGAGUGAUAACCGACUUAGCUAUGAGGACCUGGUAAAUCGGAAUGCUAUUCAAUUCCAGGAUGGGGAUAGCCUCAUUGUGAAGGUAAGUGACAAGCCUGUGUCCACUCCCCAGAGUAACGCACAAGAAGUGUCAGUCAGGACUCACUCUGAGUUAGAAUUACAGUGUGAAAGUUAGACAGAGGAAAGACAGAGACCGUUUUAUGAAAGUAAAAGACAAAUGGAGAGAGAUAACUCUUCUCCAGGACAGACUGGGUGUCUCCAGCGGCGGAAAGUUCUGUCACAGAUGGGGAGCCGUGCACACUGAGGAGCAUCGUCAACCUUACCGUGUGUGCAUGCUGCCCAGCUCCUCACUUCCAGAUGACAGGCAGCCCUCUGGAUCGCUUUUGAAAGAAGACAGAUAAAACAAUCAAGUAAUAAAGGCAAUUAUGGACAUUGAACUGCCUGAGGACCCAGCUAUACCUCUCUUGGGCAUAUACCCAAAAGAUGCCCCAACAUAUAAAAGAGACACGUGCUCCACUAUGUUCAUCGCAGCCUUAUUUAUAAUAGCCAGAAGCUGGAAAGAACCCAGAUGCCCUUCAACAGAGGAAUGGAUACAGAAAAUGUGGUACAUCUACACAAUGGAAUAUUACUCAGCUAUCAAAAAUGAGUUUAUGAAAUUCGUAGGCAAAUGGUUGGAACUGGAAAAUAUCAUCCUGAGUGAGCUAACCCAAUCACAGAAAGACAUACAUGGUAUGCACUCACUGAUAAGUGGCUAUUAGCCCAAAUGCUUGAAUUACUCUAGAUGCCUAGAACAAACGAAACUCAAGACGGAUGAUCAAAAUGUGAAUGCUUCACUCCUUCUUUAAAAGGGGAACAAGAAUACCCUUGGCAGGGAAGAGUGAGGCAAAGAUUAAAACAGAGACAGAAGGAACACCCAUUCAGAGCCUGCCCCACAUGUGGCCCAUACAUAUACAGCCAUCCAAUUAGACAAGAUGGAUGAAGCAAAGAAGUGCAGACCGACAGGAGCCGGAUGUAGAUCACUCCUGAGAGACACAGCCAGAAUACAGCAAACACAGAGGCGAAUGCCAGCAGCAAACCACUGAACUGAGAACAGGACCCCCGUUGAAGGAAUCAGAGAAAGAACUGGAAGAGCUUGAAGGGGCUCGAGACCCCAUAUGUUCAACAAUGCCAAGCAACCAGAGCUUCCAGGGACUAAGCCACUACCUAAAGACUAUACAUGGACUGACCCUGGACUCUGACCUCAUAGGUAGCAAUGAAUAUCCUAGUAAGAGCACCAGUGGAAGGGGAAGCCCUGGGUCCUGCUAAGACUGAACCCCCAGUGAACGUGAUUGUUGGGGGGAGGGUGGCAAUGGGGGGAGGAUGGGGAGGGGAACACCCAUAAGGAAGGGGAGGGAGGAAGGGGAUUUUUGCCCAGAAACUGGGAAAGGGAAUAACACUUGAAAUGUAUAUAAGAAAUACUCAAGUUAAUAAUAAUAAAAAAAAGAAUUUCAUAAAAAUAUUAAAAAAAAUAAAGGCAAUUUAAUUCUAAGAGCCCAGGCAGGAGAGCCUGCUCUUGGCACUCCACCAUGUUUUUGUAUAAUGUGAUUUUCUGCAGCAUCCCUUAGGUUUAUGCUGGGGUGACCUUGCUUGGAGUUGGCUGUCUCAGGUUUCCUUUGUAACACAUUGACAAACUGAUUCUUGGGACACCUUGUGAGUCUGCAAGUCAUGACCAUUUAUUUGGUUCUGAACAACUUUACUCCAUAAGUGUUUGAAAGGUCAAUAAACUUGAGGAAACACCUUCAGAAAAGCAGCUCUGCAUUACAUUUUAAGCCCCUUUAUAGAACUUGUAUCUUUGUUUUGAAGGGACUUUGAAUAAUGCUUUGUCCCAUUUACAAAAGCAGUUAACUAGGCAACUUUUCAUGUGUUAAGUACACUGCGUAUUUAACGCUGCGGCUCAGUGUUGCUCAACAACAUUCUGAGAAAUGUACGGCUAGCUCAUGUUCAUGCUUGAAUACCAGAGAAUGCACUCAGAUAGAUGGCGUCUCGGCACAACUGAGAACACAAUAAACACAUGUCUGGUGUAGCUGUGACUUAGUUAAACCACUUUGGCUCCUGGCACGUUGCGCGCACGCUGCACCUGCCCAAGAACUCUCUGGAUUCGCUCUCGCACCGGUUAACUUUGAUAUUCCUUGACUGGCUCAACGACUGACCACUUCUAAAUCUCCCUAUGAUGAGCAACUUUUCUGAGUCAACUUGUUAAGUCAACAUUUCAUCUCUGCUAUCCCAGACCCAAUUGGGGGAGUGGCCCCUAGGGCUGCCUUCCCAAUUCAUCCAUGGCUGGUUUGGUUCUUUCCUGCAGCUCUGAUGUCUAAUCCAUGUGCUUCUCUCUCAUGGCUGUUCUCCUCCUCUCCUGCUUCAGUUCCUUGCCCGUGCAAACUAAAAGUCCUGCCUUCUUCUCUGCCCAGCCACUGGCUCUAAACAAUUCUUUAUUAUCAAUAGAAGGCAGCUGUGGGUAGGACUCUCAGGUCUGGAAGCGGCUUUGGGAAGCAGAAUUAAGACAACAUUAGAACCAAUUCCCAAUGGUCUGGUGUCAGUGUGCCACAGCACUCUUUUUAUUUAUAUGUAGGAUCUUCCAAAAUAAUGACGACGUACAGUAGACAUGCACCAGUAGAUGACAUUUACCAUAGUCAAGUAUGGUGCACACCACACACAGUUGCAUGUGCUGUACUUUCACAUAGCUGGCAGCACCAUGGGCUUGGUACAGCAGAGCCAUCACGAAUUAGUCAGGAAUGCACUGCAUUGUCAUGCGGCAAUGGCUGUGAAACUACUAAGUAGUAGGAAGCCGUCAGUUGCACUAUAAUCACAAGGAAGACGGUGACGGGCUAGCGUCCUGUGCACGGCGCACAGCUCUACGGUCUUCACAGGUUCUUUGGAUGUGUACUGGGGAUGUCCAAAUUUUCCCAUUUUAUUUUGCAAAAAUUCAUACCAACAGAAAACCAAACCAGUACAUUGUUCACCCCUCUUAGAUUUUGAGUAUUUCCUGACAUUUACUUCCUUUUCACUAAUUCUCCUGAGCUAUCUGAAGAUGAAUUACAGGUGUCACAGCACUCAAUCUUGGGUGUGUCUACACACACCUCUCGAAGACCCGGCUUUCACUUAGAAGCCACAAUGUCAGCAUUUCUCUGGAGAAAGCCAGCAUGGAGCAAGAAGUGGCUGAUCGCUCAUAUUCAAGUUAUCUAGUUAUCUCCCAAAUGUCUUUCAGGUGUUUACUUCAAGGAACCAAUCAAAUCAGGCAUUGCAUUUAGCGUUUUAUUUCUUGAGGGUCCUUUUAUCUAGAACAGUAGCCUCCUUGUAUUUGCUUUGACAAUGUAACUAAUUUUAAAUAUUUUUAAAUAUUUACAUUAUUCCAAAUAAUGCCUGGGUUAGCCAGGUGGUGGUGUCGCACACCUUUGAUCCCGGCACUCAGAAGGAAGAGACAGGUGGAUAUCUGAGUUGGAGGCCAGCCUGGGCUAGAGAGUGAGUUCCAGGACAGCCAGGGAUAUAUAGAGAAAUCCCGCCUAGAAAGGAAGGGGGCAGGGUGGGGGGGAGUGUCUGGGCUAAUCCUGUUCCUACGUGAUUAUAUUCAUUAAGCAUAUUUUGACAAGCAUAAAAGUGUGUAUUGCUAGUAGUGCUCUUGACAUAACAAAGGAAAAUAUUAGUGUUACAUUAUUGCUAAUAUUAGCUGUGGCAUCAUGGCUUUGAUGGCAUCCACUUAUAUUUAUUCUAAUAAAAUACAUUUUCUUUAUGUUAAAAUAGUUUUGGAUUUACUUAUUUUACUUAUACGAAUGUUUUGCUUGUAUGUCUGUCCGUGCUCCAUAUGCCUGGUAGCUGCCGAGGUGUUCUGACCAGUUAUGGAAGAUAGAAAGCCACCAUGUGGGUGACAAAAAUUUAACCUGGGUCUUCUGCAAGAAGUGGUCUUACCUGCUGAGCCAUCUCUCUAGUUUCUAUUUUUCUCUGAUCUCAGCUGUGGUGAGAGAAUAUGUGUAUUUGGUUUUCCAGUAGCUUUGUAUCCAGUAGUAAGCAGGUCAGAACCAUGAUUACAAUGGACAGUUACAAAAUGUUACCUUCUUUAGCAUCACUGUCUCAGAAGUGCACCCACUCGUCCCAUGGAUUGGGAUUUUUAAAAUCCAUUAAUAUCACUGUACUGUUGCACACUGAAAUUUUCCCAAACUUGAAAAACUGGAGUUCAUCUGUCUCUGUGAAAUACCCUAUUUCAAAUUAAGUAGAAUUUUAGAUUUGUAGAUUUCUAAUAGAAGUCACUCGUUUGAGGACUUUCCAUAGCAAACCAUUUUAGUAUAAAAUUUAUUUUUUAACAGUCUCUAAAGAUCAUGGAUUUCAAAUUUUCAAAAACCAUUCCAUGUACAGUAUUUGAAAGCAGAGUCAUCCUGGUGGCUCAGCCCCAGGAAUCUUCCUGACAGAGUCAGGCCUCCGGGGAGACUCUGAAUUCAGUCCACAGAUAGGCUUCUAGCCUGUGGAUUUGCAUCCUUUGCAACAGCGCUCGAGGUCUUUUCUGGAUCUUUAUCAUUCUGGAGAAGCCGACUCGGCUGUGCUGGACCCGGAGACUGAUCAAGAGUGGGUAUGGAACGUCAGCAAGCAGAGUAAGGGAGCCCGUCAGCUCUGCCCUGGACAGCCUGGUAUACAGUCGGCUCUGCCCUGAACACACUGGCAUACACAUUUUCUUUCCUGCUAGAUAUGAACUCCAAUGCCCUUGGCUUCUGGCCUUUACUUCUGCUAUACUGCCCAGUCAUUUGUUUGUUUCAUAAUUGUUUAGUACUGUGUACUAAAUAGGAUGAAUAGAUUAGUAGUUGGUAAAACAUGCAGUUGAAAAAGACAUGGCCAGUUAACUAACAUUUACAUCUCAGCCAAGUAUGCAUCAUGGCUCCCACUUACCCUGCAUGUGAGUUCAAGGUCAGUCUAGCUAACACAGUGAGGCUUAGUCUCAAAAGGGAAGAAGGAGGAAGAGGAGGAGGAAAAAGAAAGGUGGAAGAAACAGGGAAACAUGUUAAGAAGUCCAUAGGUUAAUAUUCAUGACUCACAGACCACACUUUAUAGAUGGCUCAGCCUGGCUGUUUCAGAUAACAUCUUGGCUAAGUGCUAAGACUUGAGCAUAGAGCCCUUUAAAUACCCAUAGUGUAGGGGCUGCAUCUGUCUGUGCACCUAAGUGUGCUGCCCGUCUGUGGUGGCCAGAGCUGUUAGGUCCCUUGGAGCUGGAGUCACAGGCAGUAACAGCUUCCUGAUGUGGGUCAUGGGAACCAAACUCCUAAAUUUAGGUCCUCUGCGAGAGUAGCACACACUCUUGACUGCCAAACCAUCUCUCUGGAUCCUAAAUCGAUUCUUUUGCUAGAGGGGAUGAUGUUAAGUAUAUCAAUGUAUUUGGAACCGCAUAAGUGUUUGGUGCUUGGGUAAAAUUACUUGCUGUAAACUAAUUGCAAAAGGUAUUAUUUAAAAGUCCUUUCCAUCAUUGCUAGCAUUCACUCUAAAGUACAACCUUCCCUUGAAACCAUUUUUCUUGUUGCGGAGAAACACAUACUGGGAUGUUAAAAAUAAUAGCAUCUUUCAUGGUUUACUAAAUUGUCUAUCAAGAUCAUCUAAAGACAGGUCACAAUACUACCUUGGGCUAACUCUAUUAGGGUCCUUCAGAGUAAUAGAAUCAAUAGAAUAUAAGAAAAGUUAUUAGAUUGGCGUAUACAGUAUGGGAUAGGUAGAACUAUGGUUGUCUACAGGCUAGAGAGGUUGAGAACCUUCUCAGUCCACGAGCUGAAGGUCUCAGCAGUCCAGCUGCUGGUCUUCAGUAAUUAGACGGGUAAAACUGGGCUAGAGGCAGAAAGGGGGUGCGUCAAAGCAGGCAAGCAAGACCAGCAGCUUUUCCUCUGAUCACUUCUAAUCUGGCCCCCUUGCUGGCCCUAGAGGGGUGCCAUCAUCACAUAAGGGAGGGUCUUUCCCCUCCAUCAGUUCUUGUAAGAAUUAUUCUCACAACUGGCUCAGAAGCAAGUCUCUGACAACCAAGUUUAGCCAUCACAAUCCCAGUAUGAAAAAUUUGGAUACAAAUCUGACGCUCACCACUCUUAGAGCCCAUGUGAUUUGAUUACACACGGAACAUAAAAUUUAGAGCAGGUUUUGGCAACCAGGCAGAUCAUAUUUCUAAAGAGUCAUCAGAAUCAUGGGGGUAGUUCUCCCUAGUUAAACACUUCCAUGUUGCCCUGGGCUCACUCUCUCUUGAGAGCUAGUGCUGGCUGCAGCCGUCCUUCACCCUUGCUCCCUGGGUUCUGUCAGUAAUCACAGGGUGGAAAAAAAAAAAACACUUAGAUCUGUGAGUGAUUUGCAGGGUGCAGAGAGGGCCCUGAAACAACACCCUGUGGGGACGAAAUCAUCAAGCUGAUAGAGGAUAGCCUGACUUAAAGUAUACUACGUGUUAUUUAUGUGUCACUAUUAACUGCGUUUUCUACUUGGCAAAGAUACAGAGACAAAAGUCAUUAUUACCAGCUGCAAAUUUAAUCCUGAUGAAAAACGUGGAUUGGGUGUCGUGAGUCUGUAUUUAGUAACUGAUGCAAUGGGAAAUUAAAGAUGUAAAGAUCAAUUUGGAGGUAGACUAUUUGCUCAUUACAUAAUGAAGCAUAGUGCUACUGUGCUUAGAGCAUUUCAUCCUAAGCUUCAGAAAUGUGCCUAAGGCAUCAGGCAAGAAAGGUAGACUCAGGAUAGCUAAUAGCUGAGGCAUACUCCAUUUAAGCUACACCCAAGAAGAGCAUGAAAGAGAAAAACCACAGGAUAGAGUAGCUUUCCCUUGUUUUCCUCAACCUAAAAUGUACUGAGUAAUUAGUACAUUUCCAUCUCUCAGCUUUAUCACUGAAGCUGAUUUAGGGUUCACCUCAGCCAUAUCCUAAAUGAUAAAGCCACUGAGUUGUGAGAUAAAGGAGAUUCCACAUACUCUCUGUAGAUGUCCCAGCACUCUCAGACUGCAUUAAUUUUCUCACGCUCCUUCUAAGGUUAUGUAGUAUGAGUUCCUAAUUUAAAACUAUACGGAAGUAUAAAAAAAACAACCUACUUUUAUUAAAAAAAAUCCGGAUUCCCCUGCCCCCCACUCCUAGGCACUAGAUUUAUGAUUUAUUUACAACCAUGGACUUAUAAACAGCAUGUCAAGAACUCUUGAUUGGUGGUCAGGCUCUAGCACAAGUGAGACAGACAGAAAGACGGUCCUGGUGGCUCUGAGAGGAAUCACGGCACCUUGGGUUUUCUGUUGGUUUGCUUUUUAAAUUUAUUUUUAUAGUUGCGCUAUACAUAUCACUAAAAGAGAGUCAUUUGGGGGCUGGGGUUUUUCAAACCUUAAAGAUGUAAUAUCAUUUAAAAACCUAAAACCCUGCCAAGACAGUAAUUAAUUAAAUUGUUUUAAAAGAGUUACAGGAAAUCCACACCAGCACUAGAAUUGCAAAUGUUCAUGGAUAGUAACUAAAAGGUAACUAAUAAGUGAUUCUGCAAACCAUAGAUUUGGGGCAGGAGGGUGUUCUUAAAUUUAACCUUGCAAGCCAGAAGCAACCAUCAGGCCAAGCGCCCCUACCAACAGGGUCCCCACGGCCGGAUCUAAAGCCAGUCUAAAGCAGCACCUUGCAGCCAGCCUGGGCACCGGCGCUCGCCGCCCCAGACCACUCCACAUCCCGACCUAACUCCCGGAUCUGCGUUCCAGCGUCCACACCAACGGUCCAGGUGAAGUUUUAGAACGUGGUAAUUAUCCCCGGUGGCUGACUUUCGCGGAGUCCACUAGGCGGCGGGGCUGUGAACCCAGGGCGGUGGCUGACUCGAAGAUGGUCUGCAGACAGAUCUCUCAAGAAAAAGUAAGUCGAUUUCCCUCCUCCCACGUGAACCUCGCCCACUUCUGCCGCUCCCGGCCGAGCUCACCUCGCCGUGGUCCCAAAGUCCCAAACUCACGUCCUCAUUCUGCUGGAACUCACCAAGCAUUAGGACCGCGCGGGACCUGCCAAAGCCUUGCGGCCUAGCAGGAGGUGGGCGUGGCCUCUCGGAGAGGGCGGCUCCCGGCAGGGGAGGGAGGCGGACGAGGAGCGCGCGUCACUCUAGCUCUGGACGUUGAUUGGCUGGGGUGCGGUGCGCGGAGCCCGCCAGCGUCUCCGCCCAGCCCCUCUGCUCCUCCUCCUCGCCAAGCCGCUCUGCCAGCGCUGGCUCGAGAGGGAACCGCUCAGGCCGUCACCGCCAACCCGGUGCGGACGCGGAGAAGCCGGAAGGAGGACGCGCUUGUCGACUUGCUCCUCCCGCACCGGACUCCCCAGCGGGCACGGAGCCCAGGGGAGGAGCCGCCGCGGGCACGCCCCGCCUCCGGCCGGGACGAAGCUGCCGGCCGGCCACCGCCUCCCUUCCCCGGUCGGCGAGACCCGCCCCCGGCCCGCCCCGGCGGCAUGGAGGGGCAACGUUCUUGACGGCCGUGCCGCCGCCCGGGCGCUCGGCUCCUCCCGCCGCCCCCGCUCCCUCGCUCGCAUGUCCGCACCGCCUUAGCUGAGGAUGCUGAGGAUGAAGCUGCCACCGAAGUCCACGCACCCCAGCGAGCCGCCGCCCGACGCGGAGGAGCCCGAGGCGGACGCGCGGCCGGGCGCAAAGGCGCCGCCGCGCCGCCGCCGCGACUGCCGCCCGCCGCCGCCGCCGCCCACGGGCCUGCCACGGGGGCCCCCGCCGCCGCCGCCGUCGCCGCCCCGGGGGCUCGAGCCGCCUGUUGCUAGCGGGCCGACGGCGGGAGCGGGCAUGCCGGGCGGCGGCGGGCACGCGGCGGCGCUGCGCGAACAGGAGCGGGUGUAUGAGUGGUUCGGGCUGGUGCUGGGCUCGGCGCAGCGCCUGGAGUUCUUGUGCGGGCUGCUGGACCUGUGCAACCCGCUGGAGCUGCGCUUUCUCGGCUCGUGCCUGGAGGACUUGGCGCGCAAGGACUACCACUACCUGCGCGACUCAGAGGCUAAGGCCAACGGCCUCUCGGACCCGGGGUCGCUGGCCGACUUCCGAGAGCCUGCGGUGCGCUCGCGCCUCAUCGUUUACCUAGCGCUGCUGGGCUCGGAGAACAGGGAGGCCGCCGGCCGCCUGCACCGCCUCCUGCCCCAGGUGGACGCGGUGCUCAGGAGCCUCCGCGCGACUCGAGUCGAGGGCUCGCGGGGCAGCGUGGAGGACGAGCCGGGUGGCGAUGACGAGCAGGACGCGGAGAAGGACGGCCCCGGCCCGGAAGGCGGCGGCUGCGCCAAGCUCGGGACUGGAGGCGGGCUCGGCUUCAGGGCCCAGGAGGAACUGCUGCUGCUCUUCACCAUGGCUUCCCUGCACCCGGCUUUCUCCUUCCACCAGCGGGUCACCCUGAGGGAGCACCUGGAGAGGCUCCGCAGCGCACUCCGGGUGGAACCGGAGGACGCGGAGGUGGAGCCGAGCAACUUUGCCGGCUCCAGGGCCCAGAACGAUUCUGCUUGUGGUGACUAUAUACAGAGUAAUGAGACUGGUUUAGUAGAACAAGCCCAAAUACCUCAAGAUGGACUCACUGUGGCCCCUCACCGAGCUCAGCGAGAAGCUGUCCACAUUGAGAAGAUAAUGUUGAAAGGAGUGCAGAGGAGAAGGGCUGACAAGUACUGGGAGUACACUUUCAAAGUAAAUUGGUCUGACCUUUCAGUCACAACAGUAACAAAAACCCACCAAGAGCUACAGGAAUUUCUACUGAAGCUUCCAAAGGAGUUCUCUUCUGAGAGUUUUGACAAGACCAUCUUAAAAGCCCUGAAUCAGGGUUCUCUAAGGAGGGAAGAGCGGCGCCACCCUGACCUGGAGCCCAUCCUAAGGCAGCUGUUUUCAACCUCACCCCAGGCCUUCCUUCAGAGUCACAAAGUACGCAGCUUUUUUCGAUCAAUAUCAUCGGAGUCUCAACAUAGCUUCAAUAACUUACAGUCCUCUCUGAAGACUUCUAAGAUAUUAGAACACUUAAAAGAAGACAGCUCAGAAGCUUCAAGUCAAGAAGAAGAUGUGUUACAGCACACCAUUAUCCACAAGAAACACGCUGGGAAAAGCCCCGCUGGGAAUGUUGCUACAAGCUGUGCUCUAUUGGAGGGGCUCACCAUGCAGUAUGCAGAACAAAAUGGAGUUGUGGAUUGGAGGAACCAAGGCUGUGCAGCCAUCCAGCACUCAGAGCACUGUGUAUCCUCUGCUGACCAACUCUCUGCUGAAAAACGGAGCUUGUCUUCAGUAAAUAAGAAGAAAGGGAAGCCACAAGUAGAAAAGGAGAAAAUAAAGAAAACUGAGAACAGAUUGAGCAGUAGAAUAAACGGGAUUAGACUCUCGGCUCCCCAGCAUGCUCAUGGCAGCACUGUGAAAGAUAUGAAUUUGGACGUUGGAUCUGGACAUGACACAUGUGGAGAAACAUCUUCAGAGAGUUACAGCUCUCCGUCUAGUCCACGGCAUGAUGGAAGAGAGAGUUUGGAAAGUGAAGAAGAGAAGGACAGAGAUACAGACAGCAAUUCUGAAGACUCUGGGAAUCCAUCGUCAGCCAGGUUUGCAGGCCAUGGCUCUGUCACCCAGACCGUCUCUGUCCAGCCGCCUGCUGACACCGUCUCACUGGGAACUGAGAAUGGGAACCUUUUGGAAGCUCCGUUGACCUCACACAAGUACCCACAUAUUCCCUUCAUGCCAACUCUACCCUGUGUCAUGCACAACGGUGCCCAGAAGUCAGAAGUUGUCAUUCCGUCGCCCAAAUCUGCAGACGGCAAAGCCGUAGGGGUGCUUGUCCCUAACCCUGUGGCUAUUUCUACAAUGAUGGAGUCCACAAAUGCGGCCCCGGUUGGCAUCCUAGGCCCAGCAGCUUCUGGGGAGUCAGAGAAGCACCUUGAAUUGUUAGCUUCCCCUUUACCUAUCCCGUCACCCUUCCUCCCACACAGCAGUGCUCCUGCUUUGCAGCUGACGCUACAGAGUCUAAAAUUACAACCACCACAGGGAGCGUCUGAGAAUUGCCCAGUUAAUAUCCCACAACAAGCAGCCACAAGGCUGAGCAUCGGAUCACCAAACACUGCCUUGAUUCCUGUCCAUAACCCAGGGGCUUUCCCAGGAUCUCCUGUGGCUGCCACGGAUCCCAUCACAAAAUCUGCAUCCCAAGUGGUAGGACUAAAUCAAAUGGUGCCUCAGAUUGAGGGAAACACGGGGACAGUCCCUCAGCCGAACAAUGUGAAGGUAGUUCUUCCAGCAGCUGGCCUCUCAGCUGCACAGCCACCAGCUUCCUACACCUUUCCAGGCUCACCCCUUGCCGCCAGUGUGCUACCCACCCAGAAUUCCACUGUGCUCAACACAGCCACUUCUGCCCAGCCAGCAAGUACAGGCAUCAGUCCAGCCCAAUCCACAGUUCCUCCUGCUGUUCCUACUCACACCCCAGGCCCUGCCCCAAGCCCCAGCCCUGCCUUGACACACAGUACUGCACAGAGUGACAGCACGUCUUACAUCAGUGCUGUGGGGAACACGAAUGCUAACAGCACCAUAGUGCCACCACAGCCUCUGGGUCCCUGUGGUUCUUGUGGGCGAAGGUGCAGCUGUGGGACCAAUGGAAACCUUCAGCUAAAUAGUUACUAUUAUCCCAACCCCAUGCCUGGACCAAUGUACCGACUCCCAUCAUUCUUCACUCUGCCAUCCAUUUGCAAUGGCAGCUACCUCAACCAAGCACAUCAGAGCAAUGGAAACCAACUUCCUUUUUUUCUGCCUCAGACUCCAUAUGCAAAUGGACUGGUGCAUGACCCAGUCAUGGGGAGCCAAGCCAGCUAUGGUAUGCAGCAGAUGGCAGGAUUUGGGAGAUUGUACCCCGUAUAUCCAGCACCUAAUGUAGUUGCCAACACCAGUGGUUCUGGGCCCAAGAAGAACGGGAGUGUCUCUUGUUACAAUUGUGGUGUAAGCGGACACUAUGCACAAGACUGUAAGCAGUCAUCCAUGGAGGCCAAUCAGCAAGGCACUUACAGACUGAGAUACGCACCUCCCCUCCCCCCUUCUAAUGAUACGUUGGAUUCUGCAGACUGACCGAGUAAAGCUUGCCUGCUUAAUGCACUCACGUGUGGGGAGUCAUGGGUGUGGAGGGGAGGAAAGGAAAGGUAUUUUGUCUCUUUGUCUGUACAUUUCCUCAAUUUCUAUGCAGUUGGGAGUUUUCAUUUCUCUUUUGCCUGUGUCCACAUAAGAAAGAGCGCAACGCGCUGAGCCUCUGGUCUCCUGUGCCGACAGCCGGCUGGUCUCCUGUGCCGACAGCCGGCUGCUCUCCUGUGCCGACAGCCGGCUUUCAUGUUUGACACUCGUAACUUCAAUUUCAGACAAACUCAAACGGAAACCGUCGAUGUGUGCUUUCUUUACACUGAACACUUGCUGUGUGCAGUGUUUACUGAAUCUUUAAACUGUGUAUCUGACCUUAUUUGUUUCCACAACACUGGUAACAGUCGUAUGGUUUUCUUCCUCUGGCUUUCCUCACUUUGACCCUGAGCCCAUGUCUCUUCCAGCCACCCUUCUCCCUAGCCUGCAGCGAGGGUGCUCAGCGCGUCCUUGUCACACUUCUGUAACCUGCUCUGAGUCUGAACCAAGGGCAACACGUGUCACCGUAAAUUUUAGACAUCAGAGUCCCAAGAAGUAUGUACAUAUGUCACAAAAGCACCACGUAAAUACACAUAUGCAGCACCUGUCCAAAUAACCUGAGAACAAAUGGGAGAGAGGAAGCCAGACUCGGGAAGGCACACACGGGACAGACAGGCUUUCCUUGAGUGAAAACAGUGUUUCCUUCCAUCACACUUCUGAGAGCACCCCGGCGGUGUGAACACCCCGGUGGUGUGAAUGCUGCGCUCUGUGGGCCUGUGUCUGUGAUGAGGCCACCUCGGCCUGCCCAGACACUGCUGACUGAAGACACCCUGUCGGACAGCAGCUGUUGCACUGUCACACUGGGGUAUAGUGUGUGUGCUUUGUUGCAUCUGACAGAAGCUAUGGCUUUCUACAAAAGUCAGGUACCUGCUCCCAAACAAAGUCACUUUUAAAACCGUUUACCACUAUGCUUGAUACAAUGUGAAAGACUGGGUGGAGUGUGUUGAGAUGGUGUUAAUCAUGUCACUGUCAUGUCACUAAGUCUAAUGCUGCUGGCUUUUUUCAGUUUGUUUUCUUUGUUUUGUUUUUAAGCCAAUCUGUGUACUAAGUUGCUUCCAGGUAAUUUUUGUUUUGAUUUCCUGACGUGCACUGAGGAUAUCUGGGAGGUUGGCUGUGUCCUACCAUCCAUUGCAAGCUUGUGGGGUAGCAGGAAGGUAGCAGGCUUUCCGUGCCCCGGUACAGAGUAGACGUGAGUGACUUCGUUGUGGGGAAUAGAGUCGGUGUGCAGCAGAGGCACUGAAAUGUUGGGUCUGGGUUCUGAAACCUGACAUUGUGAGACAAAGAAAAAACUUGAAGCAAAAAGAAGCUAGUUCCACACGUCAAAAGUAGUGUUUAUAUUUAUAGCGCCAAUGUAUGUUCUGAAACUUUCAGGGGUAGGAGACCGGGAGAGAUGGGGGGAGUGUGACGGGGUAGACGAAAGCUUUAAUUUAGAAAGAAAAGUUCAAGUAAAGGAAAUUAUUUUGAUUAAAUAUAUUUUAUUUGAUCUGGGUAUUUUUGGACCGCAUUAUUAAAUCGUUGAGCUGCAGUUGAGUUGUUGAGGGGAGAGUAUUGACCAGACCAGCCUUGUACAGGUGCAUUGUGACUCACAUUGUGCCCGGUGUCCUGUGUGGGGCUUAUUUUAUGAUUUCAAUACUGUACUGUACACAGGAGGUGUGUUACCUUCUCCUUAUUUGUAUGUUUACCAUAGACUUUGAUAUCUGAGAUGUUAUGUACUGGAAAGGCCACUUAUAUUUCUAGAACAGAUUGGAUUUUAUGCAAUCUUUUCCUUGAAUUAACAGCAAUAAAAAAAGAAAAACAACCUAA